GCUACUGACAAAUCUCUUACAUUCUUUCCAAAUCGCCUCGAAAGUGCAGAUCAACAAGGUUGAGAUUCAGAUCAGAAAACUCCAUCAAAAUGGCCUCAACAAUGAGAGCAGUCGACAUCAAGGAUGGCAAAGGCCCCAAAGAGAACCUCUUCAUCAAUGCCGACACGCCAAAGCCCACAGCGGGCGAAGGUGAGGCCCUAGUCAAGAUCAAGGCCUUUGGCAUCAACCGCAUGGACCAGAUCCAACGUCUUGGCAAUUACCCGCUCCCGCCUCAGGCGCCCAAGACCUUGGGAGUCGAGUUCAGCGGGACUGUUGAAUCCUUUGGCUCGGGCGACCAUGGCAAUUUCAAGACUGGAGAUGAGGUAUUUGGCCUCGCGUACGGUGGCGCAUACGCCGAGUACAUUGCCGUCAACAGCAAGAUGCUGCUGCACAAGCCCGAUUUCCUGUCCUGGGAGCAGGCUGCUGGUGUUCCUGAGACCUGGAUCACCGCCACGCAAGCCCUGUUCCUCGUAGGCGAGUUCUCAAAGGGCAAAUCCGUCCUCUGGCACGCCGGCGCCUCUGGCGUCUCCAUCGCCGGCAUCCAGCUGGCCAAGGAUGCGGGUGCGUCCGCCGUCUACGCGACGGCCGGGUCCAACGAGAAAUGCGACUUUGUGGUCAACGAAAUUGGCGCCACGGCGGCCUUCAACUACAAGGAGGUCGACUGGGCCGAGAAGAUCAAGGAGGCGACGGGCGGCAAGGGCGUGGACGUGAUUGUCGACUUUGUCGGCGGCGGCUACUUCCAAAAGAACCUCGACGUCGCGGCACGGGACGCGCGCAUCGUCCUGCUCGGCCUGCUGGGCGGGCCCAACAUCGAGGGGGCCAACAUUGGGCCUCUGCUGUACAAGCGGAUCAGGCUUGAGGGCAGCACAUUGCGGAGCAGGGACGUGGAGUAUCAGGGUAAGUUGAGGGAUCGGUUGGAGGAGUAUGUGCCGCACUUCAAGACGGGGAAGCUCAAGGUUGUGAUCGAUACGGUGCUUCCGUGGGAGAAGAUACAGGAGGCUCAUGCGCACUUGGAGGCGAACAAGAACUCGGGAAAGAUCAUCUGCACUAUUUCGUAGGGGGGGCGUUGCAGAUCACUAGUCGAACUUGAUUCAAGACUUUCUAGCUCUCAUGUCAACUGGUCGGCCAGGCAUAAGAGCACUUGUGCCAACAUCUCUGCGGUGCCACGUCAUGGGAUUUCAACAUUUCCAUCUGCGUGUUGUAUUGGUGUUGUUGAAUUCUAGUAUUCGGGAGUCUUUGAGGCCAUGAUCUACGGACCGAGAUGGCCACGGUGAACCGGAUGCUCUCAAGGCCCCGAAACGCCCUGUUUAUCGGUCACCUCGGAUAACUUCAGAACAAAGAAGACCUCACCCGAUUCCACCACGCGUGGCUGACUGGGAUUAUCGCAUUCCAGUUCAAAAUGGCGCGGAUAAGUGCCCGUCCAUGGGCAGUGACGAGCAUCCCCCGCUCAUUGGAGGAAUGUUCUCUUUUUUUCUGCUCACCAUCUACCGGCUAUUGCAAGCCCCCAACCCAGCCGUCCUCA